AUGGGCAUCGACGCCUUCUCCCCGGACGCCGACGACGAGCAGAGCGUCAGCAGCAGCACGACAAAGCUGAGGCCGGGGCGGAUGCAGUCGCGCACUCUGGGUCGCGCCACAGCCGCGGCAGUCUCAUGCAGGCCAACAGUGCGGCCUCUGUCUUCCCCUGGCAAACGCUCGUCAAGCAACCUGGGCGCCGGCAACGGUCCCCGGACCCAACCAAACAGUGGGGAGGGCAGCGGCACCAGCUUGUCCACGGCACCUUCCGUGAUGAGCUCGAUGCACCACGCACCGAGUCUCUUCUACACCGCCGCGCAGAACCAAACGAGCAUGACGAAUUUGGGGCAGCGGCAGCGCGCUGCAGCAGUACCAGCAGCCGCUGGACGACAACCACUUGGACGGAAUCGACUACGCCGGCUCGGCACGCCCACUGCCAAAGACGUCCGUCGCAACAACAGCGACAGUAGUGGCCAGGUCGGUGCUCGGCCGCGGGCAGGCAGCAGCGGGAUGGUCGGCGCGGUGGCCGCGGGUGGCAGCGAUAAGGCAGGUCAACGCGCCUCUGUGCCCAGUCUCAGUGUCGGGGCUGGCCUUUCCUCUGGUCGACAAGAAAAACGCGGCGAGCAUGACCGACGUUUCGCCGGUCGCAAAUGCCUUUUGAUGCUGCCGCAGCAGACGCAGCAGCAGGCACGUGUGGGCAACGCAUCGAGUGGCGGGCGCAGGGCGGACCGCAAGGACAGCAGCAGAACGAUCGCGCAGACCCGCAGCUGCCGACGACGCGGCAGCGUGGGGGCAACGACAAGAACCCGCACGCCGCUUCUUCCAGCACGCGCUACAUCCAAGGAGGGACCUGACGCCACGUUGGGCCGCGCGGGCCCUAACAGCAAGAAUAAAGCCCGCCAAGCCAGCCCGGCAGCUCUUGCGUCCCCUUCGCCGACAGCCGCAUCCGCGACGAGGACUACACAUUCGGCGACGUGCGCGGCGUCCAGCCCCAAGUACCGCGCCCCGCAGCAACACUGCCGAGACGAAUGGAACGGCUCGGCGGCAACCACUGCUGCCGAUGCCGCCAAGCAAGAGAUGCAGCCACUGGAGCCGCUGCAGGACAACUACUACAGCGCCAUCAACUUGGCCGCUCUGCGAAUGGACGACAGCGGCACGGCGGACCCCCUCCGCUACGAAGGAUCGCACCCGGCGGACAAGAACGGCAAAAAACCAGGCAACGAGGGUGGACGCGGUGGUGCGGGGACCGAGAACGCCAGUCACCUCGGCAGCAGUGCCGCCUACAAUUUCAGCUUCCGCAGCGGCGCCGUUCCCGCCUCGUGCUCCCACUCGGCAUCGGGUUUUCACCACCACCACCACCACCAACAACAACAGCAGCAACCCAAACAAUGCAAAUCGCAACGAGAGAACGACUUUGCGAGCUCAGACUCCAUCAUGAACCUGAUGGAAAAGGUGACCAUGGGUGCCGCCGCCGACGGGGAUCUCUUGCAAGCCACCGCCGUGCCACGCCACUGGGGCACCUCUAGCACCUCUCUGCAGGAAACAGUGGCGGCGGCGGCCUCCGGAAGAGCAGCAGCAGCAACAACAGCAACAAUCACAACGCAAGUGGCAACGAAGCGGAAGCUGCAGCGGAACGAAGUCACCAGGACAAGGGCGCGUGCCACAGCCAACAACAACCAAACAACAACAAAAAAAAAGAGGCGGCAGCAGCGUGUUGGUUAG